AUGAAUCUCGCCGAUAUUUCCUACUUUACCGGCAUUUGCAGCAUGACUGCAGAGUGCCAACAGUCCUCCAACGAAGCUUCCUGCGCUUCGAGUCCGCUGGAUAGCUCGGCGGAUGUGUCAUUGAGUUCCCCGGGUAAGGAGGAGGUGAUGGUUAAAUCGGAGCCGAGAAGCAACAGCCCAAGCGCGGAGAGAGAUGACGGGAACAGGGGCGAUAUUGAGGGCCUGUUACCGAGCUCUGUUGGUAGGAGAAGGAAGCGUCCUAUCCAACGUGGGAAACCCCCUUACAGUUAUAUCGCACUGAUCGCCAUGGCCAUUGCCAACUCGCCUGAAAGGAAGCUCACCCUUGGAGGUAUUUACAAGUUCAUCAUGGACCGGUUCCCAUUCUAUCGGGAAAACUCCAAGAAGUGGCAGAACUCCAUUCGACACAACCUGACUCUCAAUGAUUGCUUUGUCAAGAUUCCCCGUGAGCCUGGCCGCCCGGGGAAGGGCAACUACUGGACCUUGGAUCCGGCAGCUGAAGACAUGUUCGAUAACGGGAGCUUUUUACGGCGGAGGAAACGUUUCAAGCGAUCAGACAUCACCACCUACCCAGGCUACAUGCAAAACUCCAGCGCUUUCACUCCACCCCCAGUUGGGCGGCCCUCUUACCCCAAUCCACUAUAUCCGAGCAUGGGCUCUGGCUACAGUCCCCAAGUGCACGCUGCUCCCCAUCAUCCAGCCGUGUUACAUCAUUACCAAAGCUCAGUAGUGAGCCAGGCUCAGCACAGGAUGUUCAGUAUCGACAAUCUUAUUAGUCAACAGUCUGUACUGCAGGCCUCGUCAGGCAUUGAUUUGAACUCUCACGGAAAUGGGGAGCUCGGAACGAUGGCCAGUUGUUCAGUUGGUGGGACAGAUAGUUUCCAGUCACAGCCCGUAAGCCCCACUGGGAUGGGGGCCAUGUUGAACAGGUCUUCCAACAGCGUGACUUCCAACAUGACCUAUUCCUAUUCUACCUCCCCUCCCCAUUUAGCCAUGUCCCAGGCCAAUUACUCGCCCAAUCAUACCCAGAUGUAUUGUCCUGCAAAUCGGCUCGCCAUACCGUCCAUGAGAGCAAAUAGCUGCUCCGAUCACGCUGACCAGCUUUUGGCUUUAUCCAGCCAUCAGGUGAAUGGGCUUACUCAGUUCAAUGGCAAUACCUCGUAUAUGAGGCAAACCAAUUAUGCGCCUGGACUUGAAAGAUUCAUGUAG